AGAAAACAGAGAAGAACAAAAAGCAGACUAGGGUUUCAUGGAGCGCUGCAUUGCCGCCGCCCUAGUUUUACUAGCCUCCGCCGUGAUCUGCGUCUCCGCCUCCGCCGCGCCGGCGAUCGGCCACCGGGCGAGCGGGUUCAUCCGAUAUUCCUGCCGGGCGACAAGGUACCCCCACGUCUGCGAGCGCAGCCUCUCGGCCAUCGUACCGCCGGUCCGGCGGAGCGCCCGCAGCGUGGCGACUGCCGCGCUGGCCGUGAGCGCGGUCAAGGCGCGGUCGGCCUCCGCCUUCGUGGGCCGGAUGUGCGGCGGGAAGCCGGCGAUCCGCACGCGCGAGGCCGGCGCCGUGAGGGACUGCCUCGAGACGAUGAGCGACAGCUUCGACCGGCUCCGGCGCUCGAUCCACGAGAUCCGGCGGAUGGGGCCGGCCCGGACCCCCCGCUUCGCCUGGCACCUCAGCAACGUCCAGACCUGGGUCAGCGCCGCCCUCACCGACGAGAGCACCUGCCUCGACGGCCUCUCCCAGAACGCCGGCCCCGCCGUCCGCGCGGCGAUCCGGAAGCGGGUGGUGUCGGUGGCGCAGGUCACCAGCAACGCCUUGGCUCUCGUGAACCGGCUCCAACCCAGGACCUGAACCCGGCUCGUAUCCUACGCAGAUGUCUUAGAUCAAACUGUUGCCGUUCCAUCUCGCAUGCAUGUAAUUAUAUAUAUUAUAUAGAUGUUUAUGUGAAAUCAAGGGGUGUCAAUGUAAAAUGUCGUACCCUCUGGAAUAUUUGGACCUGGAGACUGGAGUGAGGGGGGAGCCACUGCACUCUUUCGUUUUUUUUUUGUUUUGUCUUUUUUUAAUAAUCCAGAGUCCGUACUACCUCUAAUUAAUUCUAAAGGUACGGUCUUUUUUAUUCGAUUAUCGAAUAAAGGAUCAUUCAAAUGCA